CUGUGAGAGUAUUUGGGGACACACAGUACCUUCCUCCCUCUCUCCUCUGGCCUCUUAUCUUGAGUUUGCGUAGAUACAAUAGCACCUACAUGGUGUCUACAGGACACACAGCAGGAGGACUCUCUGUCUUCAUUGUUAUGUUAAUUGUAUCUCCUGUUCCUUCUUCUACCAGAGCAGAGCUGAGCGAUUUCAUGGAGGAGCUCUGAGAGACUGGAUAACAAUCUCAGCCAAUGAAAAACUAAGGAGUGGAUUUGGGACUUCCAGCUGCUGAUGAUCAUCUGCGUCGUGAUUGGCUGGAGCGAUGACAGUCAGCAGGGAGAAGCUGGAGGGAGGCAGAAGGGUCUCAGAGGUGACGACCCCUCCUGAAGGAGGCUGGGGUUGGAUGAUUGUUGCUGGAUGUUUUCUUGCCACAAUCUGCAUCCGGGCAGUGACCAGGUGUGUUUCCAUGUUCUUUGUGGAGUUCCAGCUGCACUUUCAGAAAGAUUACUCAACAACCGCAUGGAUCCACAGUCUGGUCGACUCCACCACCAUGCUUUGUGCUCCUUUGGGUAGUUUCCUUGGCCACCGUCUCUCCUGCAGAGCGACAGUGACCCUGGGAGGUCUGUUGUCCUCUGCUGGUCUGGUCCUCAGCUCCGUCGCCUCCUCUCUGGAACAUCUAUACAUCUCCAUGGGCAUCCUCACAGGUCUUGGCUUUGCUCUCAGCUACACACCAUCUGUAGCAAUGGUUGGAAGGUACUUCAGUGAUAGGAAAGCUCUGGCCUAUGGAAUCGCCCUUUCCGGUAAUGGCAUUGGGACCUUCAUCUUGGCUCCUGCAGUCCAGCUGCUUAUUGAGCGUUACUCCUGGAGGGGAGCUCUGCUUGUGCUGGGGGGGUUUGUUUCCAAUCUGUGUGUCUGUGGCGCCCUCAUGAGGCCACUUGGAUCAAAAGGAGGUGAAAGGAUAUUGGAAAAAAAUAUGGCAAACCUGGAGAAAGACUGUAUAACAGCAAGGCUGGAUUCUAAAAACUCAAAACAAGAGACAUUGCUGAGAGAGAUCGAACCCUCAAAUCCCAAACUAUCAAAUUGUAACAUAAUUGAGGACUUUAAAUGUAUAACCUUGAAAAAGGCAAACAAUGUAAAAGCAAAGAAAGACGAUUCAGGACUAACAGAAGCCAAACCAUUGGAUCCCCAGAAGUUGGAUGACGCCGAUAGCCCUUCUACCAAGGCUUUACUGGACACAGAAACAUCCUCCAGUCGUCGAUUUCUACCCGAGGAGUUUGGAUUUCUUCUGUUACCGGACUUCCUGUUUCUGUCUGUGUCCCUUCUGUUUCUGGCUUAUGGUUGCAGCACUCCAGUGGUUUACCUGGUCCCUUAUGCCCUCAGUGUGGGGGUGGGUUAUCAGGAGGCCGCCUUCCUCAUGUCCAUAUUUGGAGUCAGUGGCAUUGUGGGUAACAUCACCUUUGGCUGGAUCACAGACAGAAAGUUUCUGAGGAGCUAUCGCAUGCUGCCCUACACGGUGGCAAUUGCCAUGGAGGGCCUCUGCUGUAUGUGCCUCCCUCUCCUCAACUCCUUCUCCCUCCUGGUUACGUUUUCCAUGAUAUACGGGUACUUUGACGGGGCGUAUGUAGCACUUAUCCCAGUGGUGACCUCUGAUGUCGUGGGCCCCACUUACAUGACCUGCGCUCUCGGUGUGGUCUACUUCCUGCAUGCUGCCCCUUACCUGGUCAGCCCACCAUUAGGAGGUUGGUUUGUAGACAAGACAGGAAACUAUGCAGCCACCUUCUUCAUCAGCGGGACUUCCUUCAUGUUCAGCGCCGUGCUCUUAGCAGCUGCCAUGUUGGUCAAACGCUGUCAGAGGAACAAAGCUAACUCAGCUUCACAACUUUGACCCCCUGCUGCUUCUGCUCAGCACAGCAUCGUGUGAAGAAAAGAUUUUGCCCCACUUGCAACAUGCGCAUCACCACUACUUAACUACUAUGAUGGUUUACAAAUGAUGAAGGAAAGGGGUUAUUUU